AUGCGCGUUAUUGUGAGUAAUUAUCGUCGUCGUAGAUGCAUUAUGCGAAGAGCGGUCAGCGCUCUUGAGCGGAGAAAGCGUGCAGAGCAUCUUUGGCUGUUGGAUGUUGGCUUUCGCUUUGUUCACCACGUUGGAGUCGCUUUGCAUCCUACACGUUGGAUUUGUUUCAGUAAAUCGAAGAAGGACAAGAAGAAACAAGGCAAGACUCCUACCGAUAAGAUCACAAUCCCCAUUGCAUCAGCUGGAGGUCCUGAUCAAGUGUCAAGUACGUCUACGACCACCGGUGUAGAAGCCGGUGCCGAUACCGGACGAUCCCACGCUACGUCUGUGUACGCCUCGCGCCUGCAGCACAUGCGGGAAUUUCGAGCGUGGGCACAUGCGCGUAACCCAUGGCACAACUUGUCGCUAAACGUCCGUGCUAUGAUUUUACGAUUCCCUCAGAUCUUCGGCCGCGCGUUUCGAAAGUUCAUUUCGGCUUUCGUAUUUGUAUCGCUCAUCUUCUUCUCGUCAUCGUUUAUCAUCGGUACGUUCGUAUCUGGUGGCGCUUUUAAGCUGGGAACGUUUGAUAACUCCACUGCGCUUGUAUCAAGCGAGCUCAAUACUACGCACGGCGUAUCGGCUUCAAUUACCAUAAACGGUAAAGUGAUCAACUUCGAUGAUACGUCGGAGUACGCGGCCUGUAGCAUCUCGUAUGAUGGAUUAUCGGUAUUGGAUUUGGCGUUGAUAGCCGACGCCGCGUAUGGCACAACGACAGAGAUCCAGAAGUCCGCGCUUGAAAAUCGAUUCAAUGGAACGGAGUUAGGUGACUGGGAGUAUGUGGCACGCAGCAACGAAAGCACAGAUGGGCAAACCUGGAUGGAGAUCUACUUUCCAGCAGUGAAUAUGACGGUCAUUUCGGUGCGUGGCACAGCAUCGGCGACGGAUGCUUUGGAGGAUAUGCAUUUCUGGUUUGGGAUCUGUAUCAUGCAGGCCAUGAAUGUCUUCAUCCCGUUCCUGAAACAAUUGCCACGGCCAUUCGUGGUGAAAAUGUUGUCCAUGCGUCUAAUUGCAAGCGUGAUGCCAUCGCCCGCGUACACAGACGUGCUGAAUCACGCCAUCGAUACACGUGCUCGUGUAGGGAGCAACCUUGUGAUCACUGGACACAGUCUUGGCGGAGCUAUUGCUGCCAUGAUUGGAGCCAAGACGAAGACGAGCGCUGUUUCCUUUUCAGGGCCUGGCUUACUGUACUCGUUGGGGCGUUUCGAUAUCACCGCGCAAGAUGUUCGCGACUACGUAUUAACUAUGAAACCCAGAAAGGAUAUUGUUCCUCAAGUGGACGAACUUGGUGGUAUGGUGCAGGAGUUUCGCUGCAAGAAAUCGUCUCCUAUGGGCUGCCACAGCACGAGCACUCACCUGUGCGAGCUGUAUUUCUCCUGUGGUGAUCCGAGACAGCGCAACUGGUCCACAAACCAGCAAUGCAUUGCAUACAAUGCGCUUCCUUCAGAUGACGACGACGACGAUGAGUAG